CCUGCGUGGCUCCACUAAUUAGAUGGUUGGCCCUUCAUUCUCUUGUGUGUGGCCACCCAGGCGCACACCUUAGGGGGAGCUAUCCACGGACCACCUGAAUGGAGCUCGUGGACCACAGGUUGAGAACCUCUGCUCUAUACCACUCAUUCUAACUGGCCAUGUAUAUCUAUGUAGGGUCAUAGCGACUCCUACAGGGUGGAUUAGGUUGCAUAGAUCUUCACUGUCACCCAGACUGCACUGCAUGGGCUCCUCAAUGUUAGGGCAUUGAGCUUCUAUGUGUCCUAAUUCCCCACAAGUAUAACUUCUACAUAUAGCCCUAGUUAUCCCCCUAUGCUUUGGGCUGUUAGGUGUCACACUGCAGCCAUCUCCCUCCAGUUCUCCAAGUCCCUUCAUGGCCUCUGGCUGCUUUUUUGUGUCCCUCCUCCCCAACAUAGCUCUGCCCAAACUUUCAGUUUGGGUCUGGGAUUGGCUACUUGGUCAGGCGCUUCUCUUCUCCAGUAGUCCGAGAAAGCUCUCUGUCCAUUAAAUGCCUUUCUAUGGGAGUGACUAAAUCAUAGUAAGAGGAAGAGUCAUUUUGGCCAACUCACCCUCGUAGCCCCCUGAAGAAUCUGUCCAAAACCAAGAGUGCUAUGAUCUGUUCUAUACUGUGGUUCUUGGGAUGCAGCCACUUCCGUUUGAGAUGGAUCAGGUCAAACAGUUGUGAUGUUGGCACUUUGCUCUCCCAGUGCUUCAACUUGUGAAAUCUCUGGGCCCUUGCAGGUGUAGUCACUGUCAGCUUUCAACUGGAAGUAGUCUUUAGCAGCUUCCCCUGCCAUGUCAUAGUAGGCCUUCUGGGCCUCCCCACAAAAGUAAGGAGCAAGGAUACUCGCCCACCUGUCUCAGAGCCAGGCCUCGCUUAGGGUCGUUCUUUCAAAUGUGAAGAGAGAUGCCUUGAUGUGAUCACCUGUUAUCUUUUGCAGAUAAUUGCUGGCCAUCUCCCAGAGCGGUCAGGACUUUCAGUUGCCUCACUACCUCCUGCAGGGUGGCUCAUUCCUGGGCUGCCUGGUUCAUCAGCUGUUGAUUUGUCUCUUGUUGUAGUCAUAUAGAUUCCUGCUGCAUGGCCAUCUGGUCUCUAGUAGCCUCUUGUGCCGCAGUGGCCUGUAACAGUGCCCUCACCACUCUGUCCAUUCUCAGGAAUGAUUCCCUCUCCCCCCCCUCCCCCCCCCCCGGGACAGUCCCUGCAUGAAUUUCUACCCAAUACCACAUGUGGCAGGGUACCUCCUUUGUUUUGUUGGUCUCAGCAUUUCUCCCUUGGGCCAGGGGGGGCCUGGAGAAAAUCAGUCUGACUCCAGAAGGUUUUUUGCUUCACUCUGUUUUAUUUUUCCUUAUUUACAUGGUGGGCCUCACGGUAAGCCCAAGAAGUUCUCUUAAGGAAAAAACAAAAAACAAAACCCAAACUCACAAAACAAUCAGAAAUACUUUUCUCUGGCCCCUCUCUGGGGUGUUGACCUACUACACUGGCACCUAGUUGACCGUUCUUCUCCCAGGCAGAUGUUGCCUUAGUUUCUUUCCCUGUAGGGAGCGGAGACAGCUUUCCAUCCAGGGGAAGCCUUUCCUUCCUGCUGCUGCCACUACCCCUGCCACAGCUUGUCUCUCAACCCUCCCCGUCUCUCCUUUGCCGGAAGAAGGGUUUUUAAAGGUCAUUGGCAGCCCCUAACUGGCUUAAGGUGUCUCUGGUUAACCCAAGAUAAACUUUUUUUAAGCUCAUAGGGAACAGGGCCUUCAUCAUUCUAGGGCUGCUAUAUCUGCUCUCCACUUCUUUCUCAUAUCUGUCAGAACUGACUUUGUCACAGUAUGCAGAAGCACUCUUGCAAAGAAUCACAGUCACCAUGAUAAAUAACUGUUUUUGAUGUACCCUAAUCUUGGCCUCAUUAUAUAAAUAUAACCACAGCUCAGACAUUUAAGAUUUGGUGGGAAGUCACUAUGAAAUUUAGCUUUUCCAUAUAAUAUAACUCAUUAUCUUAGUUUUUAAGAUCUUGGUUGCUCAGCACUGAACUUGCUUUAUAAAAUAAUAUCCUUCUUAAUAGAAAAAAAGACACACAAAAUACAAUACUGUAAAAGAGGUAUAUUCUGUUAUCAAAAUAUGCAUUUUUUUGUAUGUGUAUGCUCUCUUUAGUCUGUGGUGCUGGUGAAGACACUUUCAUGUUUCCGGUUGGGGAAAAAAGAUGAAUGCUUAUGUCAGAAAUAUUAUUGGAGAAAAGAAGACCCUGCUGUCGGAAAUAAACAGGCACAAAGUUCUGGAAAUGGAGUGGGGAGGUGAAUAUUCUCUUGAUUCUUCCAACUUAGAUUGUUUGUUAAACAUUCUUCCUGGGGACCUGGAGUUUCAACAGAUCCUCAGUGACAUUGAUGAGAAAAUAAAGAAAAAUUCUGCUAGUGUGGAACAAUGCCUUAAAGAGCUACAAUCAGACGUAAAUGAGACUUGUACUGAUGAGCUGUUACAAAACACAACUAACUGCCUUCACUGGUUGAAUAACUGCAGUUUCAGUUCCCUCAAACCUUCUUCUACACCUCAUGGAGAGUUGAUUGAAUUUCUUAAAACCCUGCAAAGCUUGCUGAGGAAUGAACAAAAUCAAGAAGAAAUGAUCCUACGCUUUCUUCUGGAUCUCUCCAGUCAGUGUGGGGUCUCAUUUCCAUGUACUCCAAGUGAGACAUCUUUUGAGUUAACAUCCAGAGCUUCUCUUCAUGCCAUUGAGGAUGAUUCAUCUAUGAAUAUCAAGUCUGUUUGGGAUGAUGUGAGAUUACACCUUCGACGUUUUUUAGUAAAUAGACUUCAGAGACCUCAUGAAACAAAUACUGAUACUUUAAAACAGCAAAUGCAAUUUAAAACUCAAUGCAUACAACAACUUUUGUUUCUAUAUCCAGAAUCAGAAGUUCUAACCAAGUACCAAAACUUGCAGAAUAAAUUAGUUUCUGAGCUUCUGCAGAACUGUGUUCUAUCUAGCUGUGGUGAAACAAACUUUGAUAAGGUGGUUCAUGGUUACCAAAGUUCAAUACCUACACUAUGCACAAUGAUAAAAGAGGAUUUGUAUAUACUAAGUGGUACUAUAGAUCCUUCCUCAACACUGACAUUUAUUAAUGAAACUUAUCUGGAUACCGUCACAGAAGAAAUAACAAUUCUUCUUGAAAGACUUUGUGAACUGCAGUUCAGAGAAAAUGCUCUACAUAUAAUUAAGACAAGCAAGAUUUCAAAGAAGAAUAGAGGAACAGUUCAUGCUUUGGCUACCCAAGAAUGCCUCAGAAAAGGAAGGAACUUCUGUUUAACAUUGUAUCAACUCAAAUGUCUUUCUCAGCUUAUAAAACUCUUUUUGUUUAUGGAAGAAAGAAUUGAAGAACUCUCUGCAGAAAUUCUGUUGUUGCCUUGUUUCACUGAGAAGAACAAAAAUGUUCAAGGAGUUCUGAAGAAAGCUAGUGGGGAGCUUUUAAUAGGGGAAACUAGAGCAAAUGAAACCAGUGUGCAUCCUGAACAGUUACUUCAGGUAAAAGAGACUACUUUACUGGAUUUUAGCUGGAGGAAUGCAUUUAAAGACCUGUCUUCUUCUGUGGCACACUGUAUAACAAUAGCAAUUGAAGAUUUUUCAACUAAAAUUCUUCAGCUUGAGCAGAAAGAAGAGUCUUCAGCUGCAGUCUAUACAAUGAGCCUAGUAAACAUCCAGCAAAUGAGGGAGUCCUGGGAAACAGUCCACGAGGAGGAACAACCAAAACGAAUUGCAAAGUUUUGUUCUGACAUCAUGGAAGAACUUGACACAGUGCUUCCACUGGCUCUGGCAUGCAGAGAUGAUUCUCUUCAGGAAAUUAGAGCAAACUUUGUAGAGGCCUGCUGCAAAGUAGCAACAGCUGUCCUGGAAAGGUUGGAGGAGAGAAGCAAAGAAGUUCCCUUCAAGGCUCCACUGCAAAACUUGUAUGCUGUUCUCUCCACAGCAGUACAUGUCUUUCAGCAUUUUACGAUGUAUGAUAAUUUAAUGAGAGAGACCAGCAAGAAGCCCCUGUUCCUAGUGCCUGUCCAGGGAUAUCAGGAAUUCAUCAACGUUCUCCAGUUUCAAGUUACCAACUACUGCGUCAGAGUUUGUGCUACAAGUAUUUUACAGGAUGCUGAGAGCCACCACUGGGAUGACUACAAAGCUUUUUAUGAGGGGGAAAGAUGCUCAUUCUCUGUCCAGAUGUGGCAUUAUUUCUGCUGUGCUCUCCAACAUGAUCUGUGGACUAUUCUACCCCCCAAGUUAGCCCAGGAGAUUCUAAAAGAAGUGCUGGAGAAAUCUUUGGCUGUGCUAGCCUGCAGAUAUUCUCAGGCCCAUCCCAGUUACAAGAGAACUCCACAGAUAAGAAUUGAUAUCACAGCGAUUUUAAUAUCUACUGAAAAUAUGCUGUGGUCAGCUUGCUGCUCAAUGCAGGAACUUUUGAAUCCACAUAAAGACAAAGAUGCCAAGAUCUAUAAAAUACACAACCACUGCAACAAUCUGUUCUCUGCACUUGCCAUUUUAACCGCCCCUUUGAAGAAUCUGUAUGAGACAUAUCAGAAUGGUUUUGGUGAGCUACUUCCAUCAGAUUUCUCCAAAUCAAAUAUCAGUCACCCAUUACACUGGCUAUCUUGCCUAACACCAUUUUGUCCUCCUUUACUUAUGAUUCCAUCAACCGGAGAAAUGGCAGCCCAGGGUCAACUGAAACUGCUCUUAUCCCAACCGUAUUGUAAUUGGAACUUGCUUUUGGAAACACUGCUACAUCAGGAUUGUCUCUUAGUGAAAAUUUUAUUGGAAAGUUCAAAAAUUGAAGUAUCAAAAUGUGAUGAACAAAGUUCCUGCAUAAAACAGAUAAAUAACAAAGAGCCUACUUUGACUGAAGCAAUCUUUACAGUAUUAUCCUAUUGCACUUUAUCACCCAAAUCACUUAGUAGUGCUCUUGAGAGCUACAUGAAAAAAGAGCAACUAUGGGAUUGCUUUUACAAUAUAUCAGUUUCUAGUUGUGGUGAAUCAGAGCCAGAGGUUAUCAGAUGUUUGAAGCUGACUUUGAUUAAUUCAGUCAAGGGUAUAGUGAAGCAAAUAAUUUCUUUGAUGCAUUCAUGGGAGGCAACAGAGAACUAUGGAACCUAUCAACACAAGCAAAUAGUUCCUGAAAGCUUGCUGAAGACAGUUCCAAAGGAAUGGAAUUAUACACCUAGAGAAAUGAAGAGAAAAGACGCUGGGAAAUGCUUCACAAGGCUUGCAGCUCAGGCUGUAUCUAUUGUAAUCAGCAAGUUACCUACAGUGAUUGCAUGUUUGCCUCUCCCAAUUAAAUACUUCUUUUUUCUGUCUGAGAGGAAAAUGUCAAAAAACUUUGUUGAAUCGAAGAAAGCUGGUCUGCUUGUCUGGAACUUGAUUGUAAUUAUAUGUCGGAUAUUUGAGGAUGGAAACACCGCAGAACUUUUAACAGGUGCAACGCUUGACAGAUGGAGCAAAGAGAAACUCAGUUUAGUUCGUGUGUGUUUGGAAAGUAUUGUGGGAAAACAGAAAAGUAGUCCUAAACAAGUAGCACAGAAGGUUAUACAGAGUAUAGAACAACAAAGACCAAACUGGAUUGAAAGCCAGUUGCUGAAAGCAAGAAAAUUGAGCACUGACUGUGCCUUUAUUUCAGUAGAAGAAGGUGCAGGGUUAGAGAAGGGAGGUAUUGCAUUUGAAUUGACUGAGCAGAAAAUAAACAUGAUGGUCCUGGAUAUCUGCCACAAACCAGGUGGCAGCGAGUACCUGAGGCAAAUUUAUCACAUCAUCCGGCUCAAUGAGGAAUAUUUGAAAGAGCUGCUGUCUUGUGGGAAUUCUUCUGAAGAGGAUGUAAUACCCAUUGAACAUUCACAUUUGACAUUGAGGAGCGCACAAGAGCAGCCUGUUUUCAAUCCUUUCCAGGUGCACCGCCAAUAUUGUGCAAAUGUGUUUGAUCAGUCAGCCAUUACUGAAUGGAACUGGGAUUGGUCAAUCUUGCUGCCAAGUUAUGUGGGACUGAAUCAGAUGACCUUCAGGGCACUGCUGGCACACAGAUGGGAGAUGAAAGAAGAUGGAGCUCUGGAAGAGGAAGAAAAAGCUAUGGUGGAACACCUAAAAAAAGUUUAUUUCAUACAGACCCCUCUUGCCUCAGAAGAUAAAGAAGAACUGUCACCUUGAAAAGCAUUUGUGUAGCACUUUCUGCUGAAUUAAACAUUAUUACAAUAACUGUUUAGUGAUAACUGAAAAAAAUCCCUCUUAUGCAUACAUUCAGUGGCUAGAAAGCAGGGGAACUUGUAUCUGGACGAGUAGCAGUUAGAAACUAAAGGAUGUUGCUCUAUUAUUGCCUAGUCACCCCCUUAAAACAGCAACUGUUAUGUGUGUGUGGUAGCCAAGAAUAAUGUGAAAAUGCUGUGUUACACAGUAGGACAUACCUUGGUGCAGUGGAAACAAGAAGCUGAAGGCCAAAUGAGAAACUGUUUUUAAAGCAUAAAACCACAGCAUUAUACAUACUACUACUUUGGACAUUUUCCAGCCUAAGUUUGCCAAUAUAUUACAGAUGUCCUGUGGGCGUCCAAGUGUAUCUAACCCUAUGUGGGUGUGCCAGAGGUUAGAGAUCAGAGCUCAGGAAGCCUCUUCCCUAGUUCCAUCCAAAUGCACCCUUAUGAAGGACUGCUCAGGGUAGUGGUGAUAGGCUCCCCAAAGAAGGGGAAGAUUCCCAAGACUGUGCCAUGGACCUGACCUCUCACCUCAGCAUCCACCUUUUUUUGUGGAGUGCAGCGGAUACGCCCUUGUGAGUGACUGUAGCAGAGGCUGCUUUAGUGGGUGCUUCCUCUGAGAAAUUGUGGCUGCCUCAGGCAUACCGCUCCCACUGAGGUAGAACAUCUCCUCAUCCACCAUGCCAUGGGGCUCAGACUUAAAAGCACAUUGUUCACAACAGCUUUAAAGUUUAAAAGGCUUUCAAAUGCAUGCUUUUAUUGAAAACAAAACAGUUCAAGUGCAGACAGUGCUCCAAGAACCAUCUUAACAGUGAACUGAGAAAUGAAAAAUCUAUUUUUCUAUCCACUGUUUCUUUCUAAUGUAAGUAUAGUUAAGUCCAUUUUCAAUGAUAAACCCUUUACAGCUGUGUUAUCUGAUAUUCAUAUCAGUCAUAGUCAAAAUUUGUAUUUUCAUUUGAAAUCUCCUUCAAGAAAACCAGUUUUUAAAAGCUUUUUAGAUGUCCCUGUUGUUGGCUGCAAGGAAGGGCUCAUGAACAUUCCUCUAUUGUAAAAAAAGCCAGACUCUUUUGUACUUACUUUUUUGCUUUGGAAGCAUGGACUUCUCAUUUCCCUUACUUUGCUGGAGGAUACUGACAAGAGCUUAGUAGGGCUGUGACCUGAGCUGUAGCUCUCCCUGCUCCAUUUCCUAGACAGGGGGAGCUGGUUCUUACAAUCAGCACACAAUGGGUCUGAAUCUCCUCUCAGAGGAGUUUUUUAUUGGUAUAACUCCAUUGAGUUGAACAGAAUUACUCCUGAUUUACAAUGAUAUAAACAAAUGGAAAGUUGGACCAAUGUGACCUCUCUUUUCCAAAGGACCUUGAUAAUCACUUUAAGACCUAAAUAGUGAUGCUGCAUGAGACUCUAAUCUAAUCCAAUCUCCCCUGACUGGUCAUUUUUCUAAUGUAGACCAGACAUUAGACCAUUUCAGAUGAUAUCUGCAUCUCAUAGUCUUCCAAAGAUCUUGCCUGGGUCCACCAGAAAAGAGGGAAAUGAGGCAUUGAUAUUUCUAAAGUGUUAAAAAUAGAAAUUAAAAAGCAGCCUUUUUUCACCUUGAGACAGUCAUUAUACAUCAUAAAGAAGUGCUGGAGGGUAAAAACAAUUUGUCCCUGCUUUGGAUUUCACUUUUAAAACCACAACUAAGCUUUUAAAGCUUGAAACAUGGAUAGCGAGAUUCCCUAAAAUGGUAGAUGCAAUAUACUGACAAAUGAGGCAUACAUGCUCCUAGCCAUAUUAAUAAUAUGCCAAAUGGUUGGAGGUCAAUCAGCAUACUUGGAUUAGUCUGUCCUAUUCUGUCAACUGUUAUUUUACUGUGUAGAAUAGCUAAUUAAUUUGUUAUUGUAUAGUCAUACAAAAUAAGGGCUUGUCUACAGAGAGAAGUUGACUGAAAUCCACAAUAGCUAAUCCACAAUAGCGCCCCAUGUGAUGCUCUUAUUCCAGAAUAAGAGUACCUUUUUCUGAUAAACUUUGGAAGGAGAUUAAGGUAAACUG